GGUCGUUGCGAUUGGCUGACUCAUGUUGAUGGGCGGGACAGUGUGGCAGUAGAAAGCGGCAUGUCUGACACGGGUGGUUGGAGGCCACCACGUGACUGUGAUGAUUAUUGGUCUGAAUGGAAACACUGCAAGAGUCUGAGAAACCACUUCCAUAAUUAUUACACCCAUGGAAAAGCACCAGAGUGCCAGGAAUGGAAGAGAGACUACAUGACUUGCAGGGACUGGGAGAAAACAAAGAGUGAGCUUCUAAAGGAAACUUUGCAACAGAGUGAAAGGACAAGGCUUGAAGGCAAGCGGAAUAACUCACCCGUAUGGACAUUGAGAAAAAAUCCCCCACCAGACUGGUAUCUGCCACUAGAUGAUAGAAAACCUAGACAAUAAAGAAUUAUGUAUUAUAAAAGAA